AUGGGGAAAGGCGGGGGCUGUGUCCCAAGCAAGAAGAAGGUCCCCUCCAGCGCCGCCAAUCCCGACGCCUCCCACCCAAACGCCUCGCAAAACGCGCCGCCGAUCCCCACGGACGACAAUCCCAAUUCCACCACUCCCAGCCGAAACGACGUCGUCUCCGCCGAAUCGCAUCCGAAUUCGCAUCCGGCCCCGAAAUUGAGGAUAUUCAUAGUGUUCUACUCGAUGUACGGACAUGUAGAGGAUUUGGCGAGGAGGAUGAAGAAAGGCGUUGACGGCGUGGACGGCGUUGAGGGGUUGCUUUAUCGGGUGCCCGAGACGCUGCCGAGUGAGGUGCUGGAGGCUAUGAAGGCACCUCCGAAGGACACCGAAAUUCCGGAGAUUUCGGCGGCGGAAUUGGCGGCGGCGGACGGGGUUUUGUUUGGUUUUCCGACGAGGUACGGGAGCAUGGCGGCGCAGAUGAAGGCUUUUUUUCGACUCGACGGGGCAGUUGUGGAAGGAGCAGAUCCUCGCUGGGAAGCCUGCUGGGUUUUUUGUCAGUACUGGAACUCAAGGAGGCGGCCAAGAAACCACUGCGUAAGCUUUUGCCUCAAUUCUUAA